AUGCAGUUAUGGGGUACAGCCAGUCGCUCCAACAUCACCAUAAUACAAAGAGUGCAAAGCUAUAUUCUAAAGCACAUAACAAAUGCACCGUGGUUUAUCAAAACAAGAGAAAUCCACGAAAAUUUAAACAUGCCAAUGGUCAAAGAUGAGAUAAGUACCCACGGCGACAAAUACAUAAAGCGACUUCAAAAGCAUCCGAAUAAGCUUGCGGGUCAGCUCACAGUCCCUGAAAGCAUUCGUCGCCUGAAGAAGCGACGAGACAUCUUUGACCACUAA